AUGACGUACAAGCAAAGGGACAGCAAGACUACUGAACACAGCUCCACUUUAGCGGCGGUGAGGACGCAGUUCCUGCAGCAUCCAUGUGACACGGAGGCAGUUGAAGGAUCUAAUAUUACCAUGUUCUGUGAGCUUAAUCUGACGCUUGAUAGUAGCGAUGAAGGUCAACCAUGGGUGGACUGGUAUCGUGACGGUUACCAGAUUUCAAUCGAGAAUGAAGACAGAUACAACUACAUCGAUGAGGGAAUAACCAAGACCCUGUACCUGAGAGACACUGUGACCAUCAGCAGCAGCAGCAACCCUACUGGCAAUGACGUGUCUAUCUCGCAAAACACGAACCUGACGUUACACUGCAAUGCAGAUGGCUAUCCAGAACCAACAUACGCAUGGUUCCACAACCUCAAUCGGAUUCGCGUCUUGGGAAACACGUUGGUCAUCGAGCAAGUUGCGCUUGACGACAGAGGAUUCUACUCAUGUCAGGCGAAUAGUGCAGUUGGGAAAUACAUGUCGAGCAACAUGAUGAAUGUGAGCGUCGCAGUUCCAGCUGCAUACGCCUCGAUGACGGUAGACCAUUUCGUUGCUCAUGGCGCGGUGACGAUAAUCUCAGGACUGCACGGCGUUAUGUGUUUUACACGUAAAAGCUUUCCCGGCGGAAAGGUAACCUGGCGACUCGGUGACAGAGAGGUGAAAACGGCGAUUACUUUGCAUAUCUAUAACGACGACGGAACUAUAGCGACGUACAGCACACUGACGGACAUAUUCACCAGUGCUGACGACGGCGAAACGCUAACCUGCCACGUUGACAUCCACGAAUUAUUUCAGCCGCUGUCGGUCGAGCUGCAGCUUGAUGUUCAGUACAUGGGUGAAGUGAGAGUGAGCGGCGGCGAUGAGAGGGGUAACGUAACUCUCGAGCCCGGCAACCCGCUGCGGCUGCUCUGCACUGCGAACGGAAACCCAGCGCCAUAUUUCUCCUGGCUGCACAAUAAGACGCUGGCCGUUGGAAACGGUAGCAGUAGCUACGAGAAAGAAUCGGUAGGCUUUGACGACACGGGCGUCUACGAGUGCGCGGCUCGAAACAACGCCGGUGUUUUUAUUUCGAAUGAAGUGGCUGUGUCCGUCAUUGCGUCGGAUAGCCUGGAUAUUGGCCGCAUCAUAGCCUACGUCAUAUUCAGCUUAUUUAUCCUUAUUGCCCUCAUCGACGUUGUCGCCAUUUGCAUGCGAAAGAGAGCCAAGGCACGGGCAAGUACUGAGCCAGAAGAGGGUACCACGGACGACGAUAACAGCAUUGUAAUCGCCUAA